AAUAUUUUAUUAGAGACUGGCACGGUUAAGACUGCAAUGAGCUACUGAAUCGUAUAAAAGGCCAAUGGAGCUAAUGUCCAUGGAUGGGGUACCUCAACUCUGCUCCUCUCUGAGAAAGGGUCACUGGGCUGUGCUGUCUCCAUGUCUUUUCAGCUUUCUGGUGGAUCCAAGCAGCUCUGCUCUCAAGCCGGGGCUGCUCGGUCCUCUGGUGGAAGAACAGGCUUGGGGGCUGGGAACGUAUGCAGUGGGUCAGGAGUAGGCAGCAGCUUUUCUUGUACUCUUGGGAGCGUUUCUUCCGAAGGAGGUUUGUGUAAUGGUGGUGGAGGGUUGGCCAGUGGUGGAGGGUUGUCCAGUGGUGUCUGUGCUGGUUUUCUUGGAAAUGAGCAUGGCCUGCUCUCCGGAAAUGAGAAGGUGACCAUGCAGAACCUCAAUGACCGGCUGGCAUCCUACCUGGGCCAUGUGCGCGCCCUGGAGGAGGCCAACGAUGACCUGGAGCAGAAAAUCAAGGGCUGGUAUGAGAAAUAUGGGCCUGGUUCUUGCCGAGGACUUGAUCAUGACUACAGUAGAUAUUUCUCAGUCAUUGAAGAUCUUAAAAGGCAGAUUAUUUCUGUGACCACCUGUAAUGCCAGCAUUGUUCUACAAAACGACAGUGCCAGACUGACUGCUGAUGACUUCCGGCUGAAGUUUGAAAAUGAGCUUGCUCUGCAUCAGAGUGUUGAGGCUGACAUCCACGGUCUUCAUCAAGUUAUGGAUGAGCUGACCCUUUGCACGACCCACCUGGAGAUACAGUGUGACGCACUCAGUGAGGAGUUGAUGUACCUCAAAAAAAAUCACGAGGAGGAAAUGAAAGCCCUGCAGCGAGCAGCCGGGGGGAACGUGAACGUGGAGAUCCACGCCGCCCCCGGGGUGGACCUGACUGUUCUGUUGAACAACAUGAGGGCCGAGUACCAGGACUUGGCAGAGCAGACCCGCAAAGAUGCAGAGGCCUGGUUUAACAAGAAGAGCACUUCGCUGCAGCAGCAGAUUUCUGACGAUGCGGGAGCGGCCGCGGCAGCCCGGAAUGAGCUGAUGGAACUAAACCGCAAUCUGCAAACCUCGGAAAUAGAGCUUCAGUCCUUCGUGGCCAUGAAAAGUUCCUACGAAUGCUCCUUGGCUGAGAUGGAAGGCACUUUCUGCCUUCAGCUCCAACGAAUCCAGGAACAGAUCAGGGCAAUGGAGGAGCAACUACAGCAGAUUCGAACGGAAACAGAGAACCAGAAGCUGGAGUACGAGCGGCUUCUAGAUGUCAAAACAGUUUUAGAAAAAGAAAUUGAAACUUACCGCAAUUUAAUAGACGGAGAAGGAAGAAAAAGCAAGGCCACAUGUUACACAUCAAAAAGGCAUGGGCCCAUAAACUCUGAAAAUCAAGUCAAAGACUCAAAAGAAGAAACUGUUAUCAAAACAGUGAUGGAGGAGCUAGACCAGCUCAGCAGUGUCCUUUCACUAAGGAUCCACCCAGUUGAAGAAAAAUCCUCUACAAUAAGCAAUGUUACAGUGGAGCAACAAGUGUCUUCGAAAGUCCCAAAAUGAGGAGGAGGAAUUUUUUUUUUUUAUAGUCUGCCUUUGCAAAAUCCCAUUGACCAAGGACCCCUAAUGAAAUGACUCAAUUCUGUUUCUACAAAUAAAAGGCUAGAAUGAGUUUUCCUUCUCUUCUCUUUCUCAUGCUCUUUGUAAUCCUUCUCAGGAGUAGGAAAAAUCUGGCUCUGUCCCUACUUUUUGUUUGUUUUAUUGGGGGGGGAGCUCAUUUUUGCCUUUUCAUUAAAACAUUUUCCUGUUGCAAGUUAUUUUUUGCUAAAUCCGGUGCUUCUGAAUUUCCAUGGUGUUGAUCUCAAUGUUACAGUCCUAAGGAGAUGCUAAUAAAAUGAAGUAUUUCACUUACA